AUGGGGAUUAAUGGUCUCACCAGGCUCCUGGAGACCUACAGGGAGGUUUACCGGCACGCCCGGCUCCGGGGGACCCGGCUGGUGAUCGACGGCAACAACCUGAUGUGCAACCUGUACUGCACCUCAGGUUUGGACCAGAAUUGUGGUGGGGAGUAUGCAUCGUUUGAAGACCUCAUCGAGAGGUUCAUCUCAGCGCUCAGGACCUGCGAAGUCAUGGCGUACGUGGUUCUGGACGGAGGUUUGGACCCCACAGACAGGAAGCUGGAAACGAUGAAAAUGAGAGCUGAGCAACGCAUCCAGGAGGCCCACCAGGCAGCGGAGACUGGUGAGAGAAAGGGAAUCAUCCCACAGAUGGCCAAGAUGGUCUUCAAACAGACUCUGACUCGACUGCAGGUUCCAGUGGCCCACUGCUUUGGGGAGGCCGACCAGGAGGUAGCUGCCCUCGCUGCUGAAUGGAACUGCCCUGUGCUUUCCAACGAUGGGGACUUCUUCAUCUUUGACCUCCCUGCAGGGUUUCUGCCCAUCACUCACUUCCGCUGGAGGGAGGUGAAGGGCAACUUGCAGAGCUACAUCCCUUGUAAGAGCUACACAGCCUCUCGCUUCUGCGACGUCUUCCGGAUCCAGCGCCAGCUCCUGCCCGCCUUCGCCGCCUUGGCCGGUAAUGACUACGUGAAGCUGAAGACGGUCAGCUGGACUCAGUUUGCCCCGUGGGGAAGCAGGACCUCGCGUCACCUGGAGGGGCUGCUCUGCUGGCUGAGGGACUUCCAGCAUCCUUGGGAGGCCGUGGUGGCGGCGCUGGGGCUGAUGGGAGAGCUGGACACGAAGAGGAGAGAAGAGGUCGAGAGAGGACUGUCUGAGGGGAUGACGGAGUACCAACUUCAUCGGAGUUGCCUAAAACAGUUCUUCGACCACCAGGUGCCACCCCCUUUCCAGGGAUCCGGUCUUGUCCCAGGCUGGGCCCGUCUGGCUCUGACGCAGACACGGCUCACCCCAAACAUCUUGGACGUGCUGCAGCUGCAGAGGAUGUUACUGGGCAUGGCUGUGGAGCCCCGGGACCGGCCCAGCGUGUAUGUGAUCUCCAGGCCAAUCCGGCAGAUGAUGUACGGGCUGCUGUUGGGCAGAGGGACGUCGCUGCAGGUGAUGGAGCGAGACCGGGCCGGUUCGCAGCUGAUAUACGUACCGGUCCGACCAGCCUUCAGUAAAACCAACACGGGACUCAGACUCAGCUCGCUGCAUGAGGCGGAGCAUUCUGAGCGUCUGCUGGUCCUACUGGAAGCUCUGGGUGUCACCGAUGACUCUCUGAGUCUCCUUCCCACUCAGCUGAAGCUCCCGGUGGCCGUCACCUGCUUUUGGCUGCAGAUGGCUCAGCCUCCUCCAGACCUGACCCUGCUGAAGGCGCUGCUGCUGGGAAUGAGCAUCGGAGUCGUAUCCAGACCCAAAGCAGUGUAUCAGACGGGAAAUCACCGCGGAGCAAAGAAGCCGGACGUGGGCGUAGUCUACGCUUUCAACCAAUGGCAGGCGUGCCUGAAGGACAGCGUCCACCUCAACCAGCUGCUGGGCUUCCCUCUGCCGGAGCCGGAGAUCGCACGGUUGUAUCAGGGGACGACUGUCCACCAGCUGGUGGACAGGAUGAGGAGCCGAGGGAAGCCGAGGGCCUUCCUGAAGAGCCUGACCAGCGGAGAGCAGUACCACAGGAUGCUGUCUGUGGUCCAGUUACACACUCGCGGAGCUCCGGCGGGCCGCCGGCAGGAGCCAGGGCUGCCGCCAGACCUCGGCGCGGACCUGAAGAAGCUGUUCCUGCAGGACGGCGAUGAAGAGGCUGAAACCGAAGCGUAGAGCGUGAUCAAAGUGGAGGAGGAGCUGCGACUGGUGGACCCGCUGUUAGUCAGAACCAGUGUUGAUUUUGGCAGCCAUUUUACAGGACUGUCUCAGAAAAUUAGAAUAUUGUGAUUUUCUGUAAUGCAAUUACAAAAACAAAAAUGUCAUACAUUCUGGAUUCAUUACAAAUCAACUGAAAUAUUGCAAGCCUUUUAUUAUUUUAAUAUUGCUGAUCAUGGCUUACAGCUUAAGAAAACUCAAAUAUCCUAUCUCAAAAAAUUAGAAUAUUCUGGGAAUCUUAAUCUUAAACUGGGUAACUUCAUGUGCUGAUAACUAUGAUCCAGCUGCCACUCAGGAAGGUUAUUAUACCAGAAUAUCAUCUAUAGUCAGAAUCAGAAUCAGAAUCAGAAAAGCUUUAUUGCCAGGUCAGACAUAAAUCAGACGAGAGAACUUGACUCCGGUUUACACCGAUGGCACCAUUAAUACGGACGCCAUGGACGUCAUGGAUCUUUUCAAAAAUCAUAAGUAAGUUUGGUCACCUUGAGUGGUUCUGAUAUCUGGACUGGAAUAUGGACUAAAUAGGGCUCACAGAGAACUCUCUGUUGUGUUACUUUGGUAGCAUAUAUACUAAAAUUGGAAUGAUACAGAGAAGAUUAGCAUGGCCCUGCAGUCCUCACAGCAGGAGACCCUCUGCAUGCAUUUACGCACAUGCAGAGGUUCAGUGAUGGACAUAAAGGUGCAUUAACAAACUCCAACGAGCCUCACGGGUUUAGAGGGGGGUGUUUUAUUGAUUUUGUAUGUUGCUAAUAGACACCUGAAACAGGCUGCUUUUUGUCUUCAUUUGUUAAGUUUUUAAAUAAAACAUGAAGAUUGUAAUUUUUGAACACUUUAAAACGACAUAGUUUCACAAUAAAUGUACUUUUGGUGUAAAUAUUCAGACACUGGAGAAGCAUUCCCCCUAAAGAUAAAGAGAGUCAACAGGAUGACUAAAAUAAUCUGACUGUACUUUCCAGAAAACUCAGAAAACCAGCAGGUUUCACUAAAACAACAGACUUUAAAAGGUUCUGUUUCAUAAAGAGAGUUUCUGAUCAUCCACAAAGUGUCAGCUACGGAGACAUAGAAUAAAACAAGAAAAAAGCAGCAUAAAUUGAUGGUGGGAAGAUAAUUCUGAAAGACUCGUCUCUUCAAUAAUCUUGGCUUUAAAUAUUUACUUGGCAUUUAAAUGUUUUUGUACAUGGAAAAAUAUCAAAAAGAGAGAAAGAAACAAAAAACUUCACCCAUUAAAAAGCAAAGCAGGUUCAAAUGCCUUCAGACUAAACUACUGUUUUCUACAGAAAAUAUGUUAUUUUCAUAUGACACUUGACUUAUGUUUGUAAAUAUAUCUAAUUUGUGUAUUGUAGAUAAUGAUAAUAAAAGAUAAAAAAAUAUAUAAUAAAAAUGAUAAACUGAUAAACUUCAGAUGACUGACAUCUAGUGGUACAUUUGUGAACUGCAGACUAAUAACUGGGAUAUUUUUCAUGUCACAUUAGAAUAUAAAUAUAAAAAGUAAUUGUGAUUAAAAUGUGAUCAAUUUAUUAUAAUUUGGUUAAAUUUAGAAAUUUUUUUCAGUUGAUGAGGAAGAUCUGCUGGAGAUGUACAGAUCUUAAUCAUUAAGGUGGAUUUCUCUGUAAAUACCCCCCACUAGUGAAUAUCCACUUUUACACUUCUCUCAAGUCUUCGUGAGCUUUCAGAAAACUGUUGUUGUACAGUGAAAAUCUGGAACCUGGGUGAAUGUAAAGGUUGGAGAGAAGAUGGAGGACUUGAGAGCAGAUUGUAAACAUCAGGAGAGGAAGCUUCAUCAGUACGUCCUUCAGCAGAUUGUUAGGACCCGGCUCUGCCGGGGUCGGGGAGUCGCAACAAAGGGAAUCCAGACAAGUUGUAAAAUGUGAAUCACAGGAGUUUAUUGUAAAGCCAAAGAAGAAAAACAAACAGGCACACAGUGGGUAAUGUAUAUGAACAGAGUUGGGGGUGGAGAUGCUGCUCAACACAAAAACACAUCAAAAAGUCCCCAUCUGAAAAUAAAAACUCAAUGAUCCCGACGUGACUAAACACUGGUCUUCUGGAGACAAAAGGGGAGCAGCUCCAUAAACUAAGUACAAAAGGAUCAUCCAAACAGCUGUUUAUACACAAAAAGACAUUUACUAAAACAAAAUCCUACCUAUCCCAACUCCGGGCCAAAAGCUAUCAGAACUAACCAAACAAAAAGUGAAACCAAAAAGGCCGUUAGUUUAACGUGAACAGUCAACUGAAAACCACAGAAGUAAAUCAGAAGGUAGCAGAGCUACAAAGCUAUAAAUAAAGAGCUAACUAAUAGAUCUAACUAUCUAUACAAUCACCCACAAGCCAUCAGUACAAUCAUCAGGUCCCCAGGUUGAGGCUGUAGCUGAGCAAACAGCUGCUCUGAAUGAACGUUGACUGUCUGGAAUCGUUUCACUGAUCAUAUUGAUUGGAAAAAAACUUGGAUGCUUCCUAACAAGUUUUUAAUCACAAAUAAGGUUAAGGAGGUCUCUUACAAAAUCAUACAUAAAUAUUAUCCUGCUAGCCAUUACAUGCAGAAAUUUAAAAAGGACAUUAAUACAAAUUGUUCCUUCUGUAAUUUACAUCCAGAAACAGUUGUUUGUUUAUUCUGGCUUUGCUCUCAUUAGAAAAAACUAUGGGCAGAUAUUAGCAAAUGUAUUAUUGACUCUUUCACUAUAGAUUUUAAUUUACAUUAGGAAAAUGUUGUUUUUGGUUUCCAUUGUUACCCUAAGAAAGAAAGAAAGAUGUUACUUUUUGAUAAAUCUGUUUUUAUUUCUUGCCAAAUUUCAUAUUCAUAAGAGUAAAUUUUCAAAGAAAACCCCUUGCUUUUAUGUUUUCCAGAAAGAAAUGGAACUUUACUUAAAACUAAUCACUAAAUCAACAAAUGAAAAGGCUAUUAAAACUGUAGACUUGUGUAAUAUGUAUAAUCUUCUUGAAUAACUAACAUCACC